AUGGAUCCCACCCUGUUAGCUCUGCUGCCACGUUCAUCCACUGUUGGCUUGCCAUAUGACGAUUUUUUCCGUGGAGAGUACCCGAAGGAUAUGGAUGCUUAUGACACAUUCAUGGAUCGCCUGGCCGCAGACUAUCGCGUCGGAAGGAGGUACAUCCUUUCUGACCUCCCAUAUUCGGUUACUAUCAUCGAACGAUGGCCCAUGUUGGACUUUCCAUGGAUGAACACCGAAUCUUUGUCUCUUGUCCAUCGGACCGUGCCUGAGAUGUUGCAGAGCGAAUCCUUUAAGUUCAGUCAUGCAUCAGCAGUCAUCACCAUCGCUCUGACGCGCCCGAUCCAGACUGGGUCACCGAACUGUUCACAAGUUUGGCAAGCAAACUUGAAUGUCGCUUGCCCUGUUGAUUCGGUCCUCCCAGGGUGUGCGAAUGCACCCGAUGCACCCGUCAUCAUCAAGAUUUUCCAGGAGAGCAUGUUCAAUGAGCCUGAGUUUUUCAAUGAACGAGGCAUCGACUCGGGCACGUGGCGCACUGGAUUCCAGUUCGCCAAGGCUGAAGCAGAGGCCUACUGGAACAUGCAAUCACUGCAGGGGAAAGAUGUCCCAUGGUCUUAUGGGUUUUUCAAGGUGAAAUUGCCUAAUGGCGAAGAGGCUUUUGCUCAUGUUAUGGAGUUCGUCGAAGGGCUCCCAGGAUAUGGUAUUUUCCUCCGCGACCUCGGUGUAGACGAGAAAUUGGAAGUCGCCGACGCAAUGGCAUCGGGCCUUCACAGCAUCCUCCAGUGCGGCAUAAUCCAGAGGGAUGUGAAAUCACACAACAUGAUCGUCCAGCUGGGUGCUGCACAGCCAGUCGUUUUCGUUGAUUUCGCAGGCAUGGUACCGUUGAGAGACAUAGAUAAUGGGAGGAUCUCAUGGGAGGUAGAUAAUGAGAUGGCGCUGUUAAUUCGCGCUCUGCGUGAAAUGGGCGUGACCAUGCAAGAGAUCGCUGACUGGCUUCAGGACCGCAAGAGCCGACGUGUUCCAUGGACGAAUCUGUUCGCAUUCUUUGACAACAGGAGCCCAGGGUGGUUCGAUUAUUUCGAUGGACUGUCUGACGAGCUGAUUGGCCUCAAUGUUAACUCUGGGGAAGAAGACGAAACCGAGCAAAGUGAGUCUGAGGAGAGUGAAGACGAUGCUAGUAUUCAGUGUGGUGAAUCCGACGGAGAUAACAAGAUCGAGCACGAGCACGAGCACGAUCAUGAGGACAUUGAUAACCAAGCGUGA